AUGCCUCCUGCGAAGAAGAGGAAGACCGCGAGGUCCGCCGUGCCCGUUGGCGACACGGAAAACACUGCCGAGGCUCCCGCCCAAGCACCAGGCACCGAGGCCGAGACGAAAACAACAGAAGCAGAGGUGGGCACAGCGGAGGAGAAAGAUGCAGCACCGAUAGACACAGCAGACACGUCCGCGCCGCCAGAGCCAACGACCACCACGAGCGCGAGCACCUCGGAAGGCUCGUCCGCCCCAGCUGCCGCCACCGCCACCGCCGCCGACCGCCUCGCCCGCUUCCGCGCCCUGCAGGCCCGCGCCAAGAAGUCGUCGUCGCAGAACCUGGCCGAGGCCACCAAGGAGUCGCAGCGCCUGGCCGCCGACCCGGGCGCCCUGACGACCCUGCAGCGCAAGCGCGACGCCGCCGCCUCCAAGCUGCUCAAGGCCGAGACCGAGGAGGCCGGCGACGACUUUGAGCGCCGCCGCGCCUGGGACUGGACCGUCGACGAGUCGGAGCGCUGGGACAAGCGCCUCAAGAAGAAGGCCGCCGCCCGCGACAACACGGCCUUCCAGGACUACCGCGUCGAGGGCAACAAGACGUACAAGCGCCAGGUCCGCGCCAUGGAGCGCGAGGGCGCCCGCACCGGCGCCGCCGACGACCGCCGCGCCCGCUACGAGCGCGACAAGAUGGCCGCCAUCGAGAAGGCCGCGGCCAGCGGCGGCCUGGACAUUGUCGAGACCGACGACGGCGAGCUGAUCGCCGUCGAUAAGGAUGGCAGCUUCUACAGCACCGCCGACUCGACCGGCUUCGUCGACAACCGGCCCGACAAGGCCGCCGUCGACCGCCUGGUCGACGACCUCAAGAAGGCCGAGGAGAACCGCCUGCGCAAGAGGCGCGAGCGCAUGGCCGCCAACGGCGACGAGGGCGACGUCACCUACAUCAACGAGAAGAACAAGCAGUUCAACCAGAAGCUGGACCGCUUCUACAACAAGUACACGGCCGAGAUCCGGGACAGCUUCGAGCGCGGGACCAUGAUUUAG